AUGUCACUACUUGAUGUGAAGUCAGGCACUACCCAAUUUUCGCGGACCCCUUCACCAAAACCUAUUCUACAAAGAUUAGAUCAGGAGUUUCCCGAUGACGAAGGGGAGGAGGAGGAGGAAAAUGCUUCCCAGGUAGUGGUUGCAGAAGAUCAAUUGGCAAGAGAGUCAGAUAUCACAGUUUCAAACAUCAAACUGUCCCAAGCAGAAUACCGAGGGUUCACAAUCUAUGUUUUGAGUUCAUUGGCACUUUUUUUGUACAUUGCAUGGGCAUUGAUACCACCAUCAACGUUACACAAGCUAUCUAUUGAUUAUUACCCAGGCAAGUAUUGGAGUAUUGCAGUUCCUAGUUACUCGUUAAUGUUGAUGGUGUUCGUUUAUUGGUUCCUCGCAUUAUACAAUACCGAGGUAUUGACUUUGAAAUUAAAUGAUGUAAACACAUUUGUUGAUCAAUAUACCCAAUAUCCUAACUCUGAUGGUAACGAGAAUAAUGAAGUAAUCAAAGAGUAUAUACAUCAAGCUCCAAGUGGUGUGUGGGAUCUUCCAAUAACUUUGGUGAAUGAAAUUUUGUAUGAGGAUAGUGACUUAGAUUGA